AUGUUAAAUAAUGGUGGAAUUGCAGGAGUAGCUGGUAGUUUUAUAGUAGAUCUCUUAAUUGAUGGACCUGAAGAGUUAUUAAUUAAUGGUUAAUCUACUUUGUUAGGAUGCAUUCCUUAUGUUGGAAUAGGAUUUAGUGCUAUCAAAUUUAUUUCAAGGGUAUAUGUGUCAGAUUUCUUGAGUGAAAGUGAGAAAGUUUACCAUUGUACAUUAAUGGCUAUAAAAUCUGGAGGUACAAUAGGAUUAGGUUGCUUAGGUUAUUAAGGUGGUGCGGCUUUAGGCUCUUUAGCAGGCCCUGCUGGGAUUAUAUUUGGAGGCGUGAUUGGAGGCAUGAUUGGAGGAGCAACUGGUAAUUUAUUAGGGAGAGCUAUUGACAAUUCUACUUAAUUUAGUUUAUAAGUUGAUUUUUCAAAGGAGAAUAAAUCUAUUGUGAAAAAUGGAUAUUUAAUAAAUCCAGGUAAGCGCCCUCAUAUUAGAUGGGCACAUGUCAAGGAUAUGGUAAAUAGUUUAAUUUUGAUUGGUCAAACUGAGAAACAACUAACUUGUGUAAUACCUAAUAUUAGUAGGAACCUAACAGCAAUUGAUCCUGAUCAAGAUAUUGGAAUCGAAUUGAUUCAAUAUAAAUACUUAGGUCCAGAUGAUUCUUCUUAGAAAAUUACAUUUAGGCUGUUGGCAACCACCCAUGAUAAUAUCAACGAUUCUGAAGUGUUGGAAAAAUUACAACUAAAACAAAUUCAAAUUAUUGACAUAGCCGAAUUUGAAGUUAACUUAAAAUGCAUGUGA